UUACCUUCAUGUUGGACUGCUCGGUUAAAAUGGAGUUUUAGGUGACUCCUAAGUUUUGUGGCCGAUGUUGGCUUAUAAUGCUGUAUGGAGCACAACGGGCAGUGAUAUUUUUGGCAACAUGUGCCACAUUGCUCAUAUUUUGGCACGGAAUUGCCUUUUCGGAUUGAAACAUGCAUUUCAAUCCCAGCAGAAUCGCGUUGUCCUACUGCGCAUGCGCAGAAUGCCACCGGCUUGAAUCUGCUGGCGUGAAUCUGCUGGCGUAUAUCCGUGGCUCUGCGGCUCUGCAGACAGACCCUUCUCGGCUGAAGAGUCUGAUUAGCCUUUAUCUUUGCACCCAUUCAUUUGCCUGACUUUGGCUUUUUUGAGUUGUACUAGAUAAACAAAAACAAUUCAGUUAUUUCUUUUUUUAUUUGUGUUUAGCUCCAGGUAGGUUUACCUGAGGUGGCCCACUUCAUUUUAGAAGAAGCAGACAUUGGAAAAAAGAGAUAAAAGUUAAAAGUGUUCUGCAGAGAAUGGAGGCAGGUGGAGGGGAAGCAUGGCUGUGUCCGCUGUGUGUGCUGGUAAUAGCCACCAAUACCUUACUGCUCUUGCUGUGGGGUAGAGGAGGGAGCUGGGUGGCAUGGUCAGUGGCAUUGCUCGGGCUCACACUGUGCUGUAUGGCACCAGCUGGAUGCCUGGUGUUGGCUUUGCUGAGUGUGUGCUACACUGUCUUUUACUUCACUUCAAGGAGAGAGGAGCAUCUGCUGCCUGCACAUAACAAAUCAGUGCUGAUUACAGGUUGUGAUUCAGGGUUUGGCCACAGUCUUGCUAAGAUUCUGGACAGUGCUGGAAUAAAGGUAUAUGCUGGGGUGCUGAAGGAAAGUGGACCAGGAGCACAGGAGCUCAGGAGACUUUCAUCUUCACAACUUACUGUCCUCCAACUGGACGUCACAGACACCAGCCAGAUCUCUGCUGCCCUGCAGUUAAUAAAGAGCCAGACAGGAGAGAGAGGUCUUUGGGGAUUGGUAAACAAUGCUGGAGUGAUUGGAUACCUGUGUGAUGGGGAAAUUCUUCCAAUCAGAAUACUUAGAAAAACCCUGGAUGUCAAUUUCAUUGCCGGUGUGGAGAUGACACAGACAUUCCUGCCUUUGAUACGACAAUCUAAAGGGAGGAUUGUGAACAUAUCCAGUCUGGCAGGGGAAGUUCCUUUUCCUGGUUUUGCUGCUUAUGGAUCAUCUAAAGCAGCUGUGAUUUCCUACUCCGGAGCUCUGAGACAAGAACUGUCCCAGUGGGGAGUGAGAGUGGCUGUUAUUCAGCCUGGGGGUUUCAAGACUAACAUUCUGGGCAAUCAACAGGAAUGGAUUCAAGUUCAGAAGGAGAUCCUUAGCAGUCUGCCCCAAGAAGUAAGAGAGGCAUAUGGGGACGAGUACAUUUGCUCCCUGCAACAGCGUUUAAGCUCUAUGAAUACACAGGGCAGCACUGAUGUUGGGCCCGUUGUGGAAGCUAUAAAGCAUGCACUGCUCUCAGAAACACCCAGAGCCUUCUAUCAUCCAGGACCAGCUGCCUGGUCUGUUCCAUUCAUCCACAGGUUCUGCCCAACCUGGCUAUUUGAUAUCAUUUUUUCAAACAUUUUUAAGUAUUACAGUGUUCCACCAGCUGGAGUGGCUUCUAAAAAAUGAACAACACACAGCUUGAGCAUACUGUUAAACUUUAUCAUGUGACCUCAUUCAUUUUAAAGCAAUACACAAAUGUUGUACAAUAUGAACAAAACUGUUCAAAUAUAUGCACUUAUACCACAUAAAUAAUAACCAAAGUGUAUAGAUUAUUAACUGUGAAUCUGCAAUUGCAUUACAUUCAUUAAGAGGACACUUGAACCAGACUGUUGGUAAAAUAUAAUUAACAUAUUCUUUACACUCAAAAAUAAGGAUGUAUGACAUCCAGUUCCUUACUGUUAUUUUACAGCACCUUUGUUACAACAAAACUACAGUCUUAAAAUCCAUUUCCUGUAUAUGUAUAAAAAAAUAACAAUAAAAGACUACUUUGUAUAA